AUGACAUACGCCAUGACGAUGUCACCUUUCGAACACAAUGUGAGUAUCGACGAUGAAAAAGUGCUCAUUACUCCGAACCAUGCAGCCGCAUCUCUCACUUCAGGUCAAGAUAAAAGCUCCACAACUGAACCUUCCGUACAACGUUUUUCGUGCUGCAUUAUGUGGUCUCCGAUCCCGGUACUCACCUGGUUUCUGCCGUUCAUUGGACACAUGGGCAUCACCGAUAGCAAAGGGGUCAUUUUUGACUUUGCAGGUCCCUACACUAUCGGCCGCGACGACUUUGCGUUCGGCGCGGCCACGCGCUAUCUGCAGUGCAGGGUUGAGCCUAAAUAUACAGACAAGUGGGACCAAGCAGUUGCUGUGGGCUGUCAAAUUUAUAAAGAGAGGAUGCACAAUUUGUUCUGUGAUAACUGUCACUCGCACGUGGCUGUGUGUCUAGAGCACGCUAAUUACGCCGGUCGACAGCAGUGGAAUAUGGUAGAGCUCUGCUUUUGGAUGUUUUUUCGUGGGAAAUAUGUGAGCCUUGCCGGAUUCGUCAAGUCAUGGCUUCCAUUUACCAUCCUUUUGGUGUUGAUUGCUGUUGCACAAUCGACAUGA